GCCUUAACAGCUGACAUAAGCCAACUUUGUGUUAAAAAAAUCAUAUCGUUUCCAUUUAAAUUAUUUUCCAUAAUUAUAAAAUUAAACAAUGAUUUCAAUUUAAUUACAUAGUUCCUUAAAAACCAUAAAAGUUGAACAGAUUUUAAAGUGAAAUACAACCUGACAACUCUGUUGCAACAAAAAUAAAAACAUUGCACAAGCUCCAAGUUGAAAUUCUUUGUUAAAAAUUUUAAAUAAAAUGCAGCUUUAUCGUUUUCAAUUCGUUAUAAGUAACAUGCUGCGAGUGCAGCACACGGCCGCCAUUGCCUCCCAACAGCAGCAGCUACGGAAUUUAUCCCUCCAAUGGUAUUUAGCUCAAAACCAUCGACCGGCAAGCGGAAUAAACAAACCGGGUGACCAUAAACCCAAGACACAGGCACAGAAGAUCACCCUCAUCCAGAAUCAGGCGAUGAGCAUAACCACAUUGGAGGAGGCACAAAAGCUGGCCAAGCGAAGGGAACUGCACCUGUUACGUUUGGAGCAGACAGAUGCCAAAACUGGGCGCCCUAUGUUCAAACUGGUUACGUCAGCCGAAAUGCUGGCAGAUGACACUCCCGCAUCCAAGUCUUCCAACGAAAAGAGUCAGAAAAAAUCGGAGAAAUCUUUAACUAUAGGUGCACGCAUUACCGAGCAUGACCUCUCCUCUAGACUCAAAAACAUAACCAAAUGGCUGGGAAAGCGACACGAAGUACGCAUCCUGAUCCAGGGUAGCUCAAGUGGAUCAGAUGACGGCAGCGCCGAACGCAUCGUCAAGGCCAUCGAACAAACCAUUAAGGAGCCUCAGAUUAUCGGGAAAAUAGUUCAGAAACGCAGCAAAGGAUCGCUAAUUAAGUUCAACAUUAUUCCAGUGACUCCCCAGGCUGCAGCCAUCCCCCCAGCAACCCCAGUCCAAUCGUGACAACUAGCGCCAUUGUCUCGGAUAAACCCGGAUCAUUGCACAGUAGCAAUGGCUUCACGUCAUAAUUUUGCCAUAAAUCUGGGCUCUGCCCAGCGAGUUCAUACCAUGUCCAAUGGAGAAGAAGACCCGCAUCAAGAAGCUGCUGUGGUGGCGGGUGCAUCAUUGAUCGUUAUAUUGUUCGCGAAAUAUUUUUUCUGGCACAGAACCUUACUCCAAACGGAUGAAGAUGAGUUUGACGUCAAAAUUGAACAAGAGCUAGAACAGAAACCCUAGGUAUAUUUAUUGUUGAAAUAAUAAAAAACAGCAGCAAAAUA